AUGCACCACGUCCCGCCUGGGAGUUUCGGCCUCUCAAUACCCUGCCUGAACAUGCAAGCUCAUGCGCCAAACCCCGAGCGCAAACGCGUCCGGCCCCAAAACGCGUCCAACCAGCUCAAAAAGCGCGGACGACCCAGGAAAAGCGACGUCGAGCCCGACACCACGCGCAAACAAACACAGCCCACAAUCCGCGAGAGUUGGGGCUCUGCCGCGGGCCGACGAGUCACCGCAGGCGAAGACGAGAGACCGUCCAAGAGGCCUCGCGCAUCAGAUGCCUCGCGACGAAGCAGCCAGGGCGCAGCCGUCAUUGGGCGCCGAGGAAUCCCCCAGCCGAACCAACCCGGCCCCCUCCGCCGAGCGACAGUCCGCGACGACGACAACGACGACAACAUCGAGGCAUCUCGCCCUUCCCCGCCGUCCCCCGAAAAGCCCUACGUCCACGUCGCCCCCCACACCCGACGCGUGCGCCAGUCGGCCAUCGAGGCCAAGUGGACGCCGCUGGCCAACGCCUCCCUGACGGCCGUCUCAGACACGCUGCAGUACGCGCAGCGUCCCAUCCUCCAGCGCCUCGCAGACUCCGAGUUCCGCCGCGAGCACACGGCCUCGGCCGUCCGCCAGGUGGCCCAGCGCAUCGCGCGCAAGGUCGCGCGCGGCCUGCCCUUCCCGCCGGCCAGCAUGCCCGCCAACGUCGGCCGCGCGCCCCUGCAGAGCGACGCCGGCCGCGAGGUCGAGCUCAACUUCGAGAGCGUCCUCGACGGCAAGCUCAGCCUCGAGAGGCAGCUCGAGCCCGCGCUCGACGCGCUCGACGUCCUCCGCCGGGAGAAGGACGCCGUCGAGGAGGAGCUGGAGCGCGACUACGACACCCUGCGCAACCUCGAGGCCGGCGCGAGGGCCCAGGCCAGGGAGCAGAGGAGUCUGCUCAAGAAGGCCCAUCUUUUGACGCCCGCGCCCUCGGCCAAGCUGGACGGCGGGCGGGCCGACGCCAAGGACAGCGACGACGGGUUCGUCUUUGGCCGCCGCCGCGACCCGGGCGCGGAGCCGGGCAGUGCGUUCACGGGGGUCCAGGACGAUGAUGAGAUUCACCCGCUUGUGGUGCAGCUCGGUGACCAUGUGGACAGUAUACGGGGGAAUCUGGAGCAGACGGAGGGUAUUCUGCCGCUGUUGGCCAGGAGCAAGGCCUCGUUGAGAGCGGUGCUGCUCAAGCACUUGGAUCAGCGGGCGUAUGAGCAGGUCGUUUUGGGCUGA